UUUAAGGCCAUCGAGUCCAACCCCUGCUCAAUUCAGGGAUCCAAAUUCAAGCACACCCAACAGGUGGCUGUCCAGCUGCCUCUUGAAUGCCUCCAGUGUUGGAGAGCCCACCAUCUUCCUAGGAAAUUGAUCCCAUGGUUGUACUGCUCUGUCAGAAGCAUAAAUGUGGAGUUCACACUGUACUUUUAAAAUAAGAAGUAACUAGGGUAGAAGAAAAUAGUAUCAAAGAGAAGUGUGGCAGCGGUAAUAACACAUUUUAAUACUGAGUUAUAUUUAAAAUAUUUAUAGCCAUAGCAGUGCUGAAGCAAUUUAAAAGCAAGAAGACAAUUCCAGGCAAGCAAAAGCAAGCAAAGAAGAAUAAUCAGUUUCAAGAAGUAUGGUUGUCAAAGUACCCUUGGCUAAAACGAGACAGUGAGAGAGGCACAAUGUACUGUGCUUUGUGUCGUAAACAUAAUGUGGAUUUAGGGGAGAAAACACACAAUUUUUGUUCUGGGACUGAUGACUUCAUACUUGAAAUAAUCAACGACCACCACAGCAGUGAAGCUCAUGCAUGGGCCACCUGUAUGGAAGCAGCCAGUAACAAUAUCCCAGACACAGCCGCCACUGAGCAGAUGUUAAAGAGCAUGAGCAAAACAACCUUAGGAAGAAUAGAAAACAUUUUUAGGACAUGCCACGCCAUCGCCAAAACUGGGCGCCCCUUUACUGACCUGGACUGGAUGUGCAAGCUAGAUGAUAUGAAAGGAGUGGAUAUUGGUUCCAUAUUUAGAAACGAUAAGGCAGCAAAGAUCUUUAUUCAUUUUAUUGCUGAAGCAGAACGAAGGGCCUUAAAAGAGAAAUUAGAAAAAUGCAAGUUCUUCUCACUCAUUAGUGACGGCAUUACAGACAACACAAUCAGAGAAGCUGCCCUCGUGUAUGUGCGCUUUGCAUAUCAAGGGAAGAUCCACUGCCAGAUUGUUGGAGUUCAAUCAGUAGAGAAAUGUGAUGCUUCUGCUGUGAAAAAUGCCAUUUUGAAGAUAUUACAGGCUGAUUUGCAGCUCAAUUUGCCAAGCCAGGACUGGGCAAGAAAACUUGUUGGCUUUGGAAGUGAUGGCAGAGACAUUAUGGUUGGACAAACCAAUGGGGUGGCUAAACUAUUAAAGGAAAUCCAGCCAUGUAUUCAGAGUGUGCAUUGUCUUGUGCAUCGCCUUGAAAUAGCUUACAAAGCAGCACUGAAGAGCACUCAGCCAUACACUAUUCUAAUGGGUCUCUUGCAGAAUAUGUACUACUUUUAUCAUAACUCCUCACUGAAUAAGAGCAACCUCAAGCUAGUCUAUGAAGAUCUCAAACUGAGAACAUCGAUUCCUUCUCGAAUUGGUGGCUCCCGGUGGCUCCUUCGUCUACAGACAGGUCUUCAGAUCCUUCUUAAAGGAUACCCUGCAGUUGUCCUACACAUGAGUAAGAUAGAAGAAGAACCAUGUUCCUCAAAUCACCAGAAGGCCAAAGACCUCUUAAAGCUCCUUCUGAAAACAGACAUUGUUAAGUUUUCUCACUUCUUGCUGGAUGUCAUUAAUGUCCUCAACAUUCUGUCACGCGUUGCCCAAGAUCAGAACUCUUCCAUCGCAGAUGUCUUUGCAACAAUUCAGUCAACACUGGAAACACUCCAAAUGUAUCAAACAAGAUCUGGGCCAAGGGAGCGUUUGGUGGAAACAAUCACACAUUUUCAUGGUCACCAGCUUGUAGGAGAUGGUGACAUAUCAGCCACCCGGACAGAAUUAUUAAGCAACCUUUUCAACCGACUGCGUGAUUGUUUUUGUGAUGCUAGUGAAGAUGUUUUGAGAGCAAGCGCUAUUGGAAGUUUUAAGCUGUGGCCAGACAAAAUCAAACAAGAAUUUGGUGAGAUGGAAGUGUCUGUCUUGACUAAGUAUUAUGAGCCAAUCCUGGAAUGUGCCAGUGUGAAGGUUGAUGAGGUUGAGACUGAAUGGAACAUGCUGAAAGCAGAGCUAUAUAAUAGAUAUCAAAGCAUCCGGAGAUUAACAUGGGAUUCGGUAAACACAGAUUAUUCCCAUAAAUAUCCAAACAUCCUGGCGCUAGUAGAUCUUGUCCUGACACUCCCUGCAAGCUCUGAUGAGGCAGCACGAGGCUUCUGUCAAAUGAAGCUUACAAUGAUGAGGCUACGUUCAAAACUGAUGUUUGAAAGCAUGACUGAUCUCAUGGUCAUUCAGAUGAAUUCGCCAGAUAUCAAGAAGUUUGACCCUCAAAAGGCUAUUCAAUUGUGGAAUAUUUCUUGGCAAAGGAAUAGAAGAUUACAGGCUGGGCAGCAGGAGGCUAGUCAUGAGAAGUUGGAUUGUUCAUCUGACUCUGAAUGGGAAAGAGAAAGUUCAUUUGGAAGUGAUUAGCUGAGUGACACUCGCUCCAAAUUUCAGCACAAUUUUAGUAGAGUGCAUGGUUUUUUAUUUUUUUUAUUUUUGGUGACUAUUUACUAGCCAAUAAAAUUGUGAGAAACUAAUUUAUGUGCUAGGAAAUGGGAGGCAUUUUAGCACCUUGAGACUAUCCACCUCUCAUGUUCUUUCCAAUUGCAAAAAUAGAACCUAAAUCAGACAAAUAAUAUGAAAACUAGACAGCAUGAGGCUGCAUUCCUUUACCCUUUUACCUGGGAGUAAGCCCCUAUUAACUCAGUGGGACUUAUGUCUAAGUAUACAAGUAUAGGUUUGCACUGAAAGGUCCAAUAGUCUAAAAACAGUAGCAUUUUAUUAAGUUUAGAGAGAGCAGUUGUAGAGCAAUAUAGCUUGAAAUGAGAGAGUUUUCAUCAAAUGAUAAUGCAUGGUAUUUGAAAUAGUGUUUUUCCCUGGUAAAAUUGUCAGAAUCAAUUAGGUUUAAAGAAAAUAAUCACAUGGUUAUUUUAAGUUGUGUAUGACCCCAGGGAAACUUAGGAAGAUGUUAUCAUACACUGAAUAAUAGAUGUGGAAAAUAAAAAAAUAAAAUAAAAUCCACAGAGGGCAGGUGGGCAUUAAAUUUAGAAUAUCUUGAGGAAAAGUAGAUAAAAGAAUAAAGGACACUAUGUGGCUUACCAUGAAACUCAUGAAUGAUUCUGCAGGGCUACAUAAAAGAAAACAUGGUUAAUAGAAGAAAGGCUGAAGCCUUCUUGUAACAUCUAAGAUAAAAGAUAGCCAGCAGAGAUACUAAAUGAAGAUUGGCAUGACUAGGGGAAGACCUUGUGCUGUCCGAGGCAACUAGCUGCCCCUCCUCCUCCUCUCCCUUCUUUUGAAAUGUUUAGCUACUUGCAAAUGUGGCAGUAAUGCACCUCCACCUCACGCUGUGGAAGGAGAGCCCUUCCUCUGGGCAAGUCUUUCUGAGCAAGGUGGCUUGGAAGAGUGCUUUGUUCACCAUUGCUUUUCCUGGAGUUUGUAGAAAUGAUCUCUUAAAUUUAGUUAAAUGUUUGUUACUUAAGUCAUUUUAAAUGUUUAGCUGGUUUUUUAACAAAAAGAAAGAAAGAAAAAGAAAAGUAUUUGUAGCCACUCUGGAAAACCACUGGUGAAGCAGGCACUUCCCUCAGCCUCCACGCCCAAGAUGCCUUAUUCUGUGGAAGGACCCCAUUCCUCAGAGCUACGGAUGAGAAUGGAGCAGAUGGGCAUUCUGGAGAGCCUUGCAAGAACUAAUCCAGUGGUGGCAGCUGGGGCAACCAAGCAGACGGCAAAGGCAAGUGAGCAGGGGGUCCUGGAGUACUAAUUCACUGCCCCCAGCCCCUGAGGCAGUUGCCUUAGUUUGCCUAAUAGAAGGGCCUUAAGAUUGAAUAUGGCAGUUGUUCCCCAAGUUUUUUCCACAUGGACCACCUGAAAAUCUCUGAGAGUCUUGACAGGCCACUUAAUGAGUUCUACCUGUUGUAGCAAUUGGAAUGCACUGUGCUAGAUGUAUUUAUUUAUUUAUUUAUUACAUUUAUACCCCGCCUUUCUUUUCAUGAUAGAAACCCAAGGCGGCUUACAUCUGGUUCCCAGGUGGUCUCCCAUCCAGGCACUGACCAGACCUGACCCUGCUUAGCUCCAGCAGGGAGCUGGCCUUAUAUGCCUUCAGACCACAGCCUGGGACCUAUAUCAGACCAUAGCCUGUAUGAAAAUCAGAGCUUGGAAAAGUUACUUUUUUGAACUACAACUCCCAUCAGCUCAAUC